GUCCAGCGACUCAAAGACUGGGCCUCAGAGCGCCUCCUGCAGGAUCACACAGCGAGCGGAAGUGCGAGCGACUGCUUCCGGCGGCAGGGGUUAAAGCUUCCAGUGUGUGUUUGUGUGUGAAUCGCUGCUUUACAGAAUGGAGGUCACCAGACAGAAUUUUAAGGAGGUUCUUCCGGAGGUGUGUAGCUCUGUGCAGGAGGCGGAUUUCAUCUCCAUAGACGGAGAAUUCACAGGAAUCAGUGAUGGCCCGUCAGUCAGUGCUCUGACCAAUGGACUGGACACACCAGAGGAGAGAUACACUAAACUGAGGAAGCACUCCAUGAACUUCCUGCUCUUCCAGUUCGGCGUCUGCACCUUCAGAUACGACCAGAAUCAGUCCACGUACAUCACUAAAGCCUUCAACUUCUACAUCUUCCCCAAACCCUUCAGCCGCACGUCUCCAGACAUCAAGUUCAUCUGUCAGAGCUCCAGCAUUGACUUCCUGGCCAGUCAGGGCUUCGACUUCAACAAGGUCUUCCGCAGCGGGAUCCCGUACCUGACGCAGGAGGAGGAGUCUCAGCUGAGGGAGCAGUAUGAGGAGAGGCGGAGCCAGAUCAACGGGGCGGGGCCUGUCUCGUACACGCCCACCUCAGGUGUCUGUAACAUACCUGAAGACCAGAGAGACUUCAUCCGGACGGUGGAGCAGAAGGUUGAAGCUCUUCUGAAGAACUCGGAGCAGACUCUGGAUCUGGAGCCCUGCACCGGCUUUCAGAGGAAGCUCAUCUAUCAGACGCUCAACUCAAAGUAUUCUAAAGGUCUUCACGUGGAGACGCUGGAGACAGAGAAGAAGGAGCGGUUCAUUCAGAUCAGUAAGGUGGAUGAAGAGGAGAGGAGGAGGAGAGAGCAGCAGAAGCAGCAGAGAGAGCAGGAGGAGCUGAACGAUGCUGUGGGGUUCUCCAGGGUUAUCAGAGCCAUCUCUAAAUCUGGUAAACUGGUGGUGGGUCACAACAUGCUGCUGGACGUCAUGCACACCAUCCAUCAGUUCUGUGGGCCGCUGCCUGAGGAGCUGGAUGACUUUAAGGAGGUGGCCAUGUCUGUGUUUCCCAGGCUGUUAGACACCAAGCUGAUGGCAUCCACACAGCCCUUCAAGGAGAUCAUCAGCAACACAUCACUGGCUGAACUGCACAAACAGCUGAGAGAGAAACCCUUCAGAUCACCCACCACCGAGUGUCCUGAAGGCCUCCAGAGUUACGACACGUCCACAGAGCAGCUUCAUGAAGCCGGUUAUGAUGCCUUCAUCACUGGACUGUGCUUCAUCUCUAUGGCAAACUACCUGGGGUCUUUUCUCACGCCUCCAAAGAGUUACAUCUCUGCUCGCUCCAAACUCAUCGAACCCUUCUACAACAAAUUAUUCCUGAUGAGGGUGAUUGACAUUCCCUACCUGAACAUGAGUGGACCUGACCUGCAGCCCAAGAGAGAUCACGUCCUGUACGUCACGUUCCCUAAAGAGUGGAAGACCAGCGACCUGUACCAGCUCUUCAGCGCCUUCGGGAACAUCCAGGUGUCGUGGAUCGACGAUACGUCGGCGUUCGUGUGUCUCAGUCAGACGGAGCAGGUUCAGAUAGCCAUGAACACCAGCCGCUACGCCGAGAGCUACCGCAUCCAGACCUACGCCGAGUACCUGCAGUCCAGACAGAAGAGCACACACACCAGCAAGAGGUGGACCGAUGACGGCUGGGCGGACACGUCCUACAGCACUGCCGCCGCCUCGGGCUUCGGCCGGCUGCAGGCGGUCAAGAGGAGCAUCAGUCCGUCUCUAGAGGAGCAGAAUCACGACGCUGACAGCAGCUGGACAAACUACAGCAGUGUCAAGAAGAUCAAGACCGACGGAAGCUGCUCGCAGUCAUACGCUGAGGUCGCUGGCUCCUGUGAUUGGCCCAGACUGCAGCCUGAUGAAGGCGAAUCCUCUGUGAGUCCAGUGCAGGAGGAGGCGGAGCCCGAGGAGUCCUCAGCCAAUCAGAGUCAAGGUAAAAGGAGCCGCAGACACAAGAAGAGGAAGUCAGACGCUUCUGAAACGACGCCGCCGGCGCUCUUCGACGUUCCUCAGGUUUGGUAGCGACGGCUCAGCAGCCAAUCAGAAGCCUCGCUCAGUCCGGGUGUAAUCGACAGCCAAUCGGAAGACUGCACUUAACUCCUGGCGCCCAGCGUGUGUCGUCUGACUUCCUGUGACCUCCUGUGACCUCUCCUUGCGUGGCCCAAGUUCAGAGCGUUUUAAAGGUGCUGAAGUUACUGAGCCAUUUCCUGUCCGAGUAUGAGUGAGUGUGUAUGAGCGUGUCCUGUAGUAUUUUAACGUGGUUUCCGACAGCGCUCCCUCAUUUUAAGUGUCGACGUGUCCUGCAGGUUUAUUUAUUCCUCAAGAGGGUUUUGCGUCUUUAGUUUAACAGUGAUUAACGGUGAGAGAAAAAACAAGAACUACGCGUGUCAAAGAAUGUCUGAUGAUGUCAUCACGAAUGUCCUGUUCAUAUCCUUGUAAUUUUUUGUAUGAAAUGUUGAAAUGUUCCCUUUUCCAGGGGAGAUGAAAUUAAAGAGUCUUUCUUAGUA